CUACGUACAAAAUCUUAAGGAGUCAGUUAAGGGAUUUAAAUACUUGCCGAUUUAUAUACACUGCAUUAAUUACGGGAUUAUUCGUUCAACACUAAGCAAAAAAAAAUGAUAAAAAUUCCGGAAGAAAUUAACCUUGAAAAUUAUACUCUGAUACUUCCUUCGGUGUCUGUUGGAAAUGUUGGACAGUUAUGUAUCGAUCUAUUAAUAUCUACUUUAAAUUUGCAAAAAAUUGGAAGUUUAUGGAAUUCUGUGUUCCUCCCAAUCUGUGGACUUGAUCCUUAUGAUAAAAAUUCUAGUUCUCUUUGCACUACUGCUGACUUUUACCUUGGAACAUAUUAUAAACUAAUUCUUUUACAAUUACGUUCACCUUGUGUUAGUAAUUCAAAUGAUUUCCUUAAUGAAUUAGCACAAUUUAUACAAGAAAAAAAAAUUAAAAAGGCAGUAAUUUUAACCAGUAGUUAUGGUUAUGAGCAUGUAAACAGAUCUGACUCUAAUGUAAGCUAUCUUACUUCAGACGAUUCUUUAUUAAACGAUGAAAAGCUUCUUGAAAGUCUUCUUUGGAAAAAACAUAUGAAAUAUAUUGCAACAGAAUCUGUGGAUCCAUAUUAUAUUUCUGGUGGUGGAUUUGCAAGUGGUCUUUUUAUACAUUUUAAAUCAAUGCAAAUUCCCUCUACAGUUCUUUUUCGUUAUUGUUCAGAAGGAGAUAAUGUUUCUGAUGCAUUGAUACUCUUCCAAGGAUUAAAUAAAUGGUUGAAUUUAAUAAAGGAUAGUACUAAUAAUAGUAUUAAGUAUCCACCUUCUUGGGAAUUCUUUUUUGGUAAUCCACCUACUUCUGAUAUGUACUAA